AUGACAUCCCCAAUACCAGACCCUCUCAUCUUCAACUGCUCCGUCAUGCUGCAACUCGCCAACUCCCAUUUCCUCCAGUCGGUUCUCUACUUCAACCUAUUCUGCUCUGCCGUCGCAGUCUUCUGUCUUAUUCACACGUGGCUCUCAAUCUGUCGCUAUAAAUUGAUGCAUUUCAAUCUGAAACUCCUUAUGAAGAUCCAUUGCGCCGCACUGCUCAUCCACUGCGUCCCUCGACUCUUCCUUCAUUUAUUCGACCUCUACGCCUACUUUUUCGCGUCGAAUUGUUAUGAAAUGCAGCCGGGAUCUCUUCGUUGUUUCAUUUUGAGAUUUCCUUACAUGUUUGGACUUAUUUUAAGUAGCACCACCACUAUUUUCCUUAUGAUUGAACGGGGAUUCGCUACCUGUUACAGCCAGAAUUAUGAGCAUGGCUAUAAGCCGACUGGAAUUGUUAUAGGCUGUUGUCAGAUUUUUUGCUCCUUGAUACUUAUGGCAUCGGUAUUCCAUGAAUAUGACUUCAACGCCCCACAUUAUUAUUGUUCGCGAAUCCGUGAGCGUUCGGUCACCGCGACCCUCUCCAACCGGUACCAGCUGGAAGCCAACAUGCGGAACAUCCGUCUCCUCCAAUCUUUUACCCUAUGCGACCUAUUCUUCGUCUUUACCUGCUUCACCCUUUCCGCACCCGUUCAUUAUUACAGUUCAGAGAUGGAGAGGGCCACUUAUCAUGGGCUGGUGGAAGUCGUCAACUUCGUCCCACUCUACUCCGUGGUAAUGCCGCUCUACCUCUGGGUAUUCCGCAAAAAGCACCGCGACAUCGUGACCAACACCCUGCAGGCGUCUCUCACCACCUCAUCCGACCACUAUUUCAACGUGUUGAAUCAACAAUUGAGUGUACGCGAAGAGGGAGAAAAGAAACGGAUACGAAACAAAUUGAGAAAAAAGUGA